UGCAUAUGCGCGCUGCCUGUUCACCAGGAAGUCGUCAAAACAUUUUGCGUUUACUUUCCAUAUGCAGGGGAAUGGAUUUGGACAUCUCUCUGCCAUGAAUAAGAGGAAAUCUGGUGUUCACAAUGCUGUAAAACCAUCGAAGACCCCUCGGACUGAUGGUAAAACUCAUGUGUUGGAGGAGGAGGAUGUUGAUGAGGAGGAUGGAGCCCUUCAAGAUCAUCUUUCUGCUUCGAAUGUCGGAGAUAUCGGUGUGAUAGAAAGUAUAACUUUGAGGAACUUCAUGAGCCACCAUUUGCUUGGACCUUUAAAAUUUGGAGCAAAUGUCAACUUCAUUGUUGGAAACAAUGGAACUGGGAAAAGUGCCAUUCUGACAGCUCUUAUAGUGGGUCUCGGUGGAAAAGCAACUACAACUAAUAGAGGAACGUCUUUGAAAGGUUUUGUGAAAUAUGGAGAGACUUCUACAGACAUUAAAGUGAAAUUAAAAAACCGAGGAAAUGACCCCUAUAAAGGGGAUGUUUAUGGAGACAGCAUCUGCAUUGAACAUCGGAUCACAAGUGAUGGAGGCAGGACUUGUAAGAUCAAGAAUAAAGCAGGGCAUGUGGUUUCCACUAAGAAGGAGGAGUUGACUGCAAUACUGGACCAUUUUGGCAUCCAGGUUGACAAUCCUGUGUCUGUCCUUAACCAAGAAAUGAGUAAACAAUUCCUGCAUUCGAAAAGUGAAGCGGACAAAUACAGGUUUUUCAUGAAAGCUACUCUUCUGGAGCAAAUGAAAAGAGACUACAUUCACAUCAAGCAGACUAAAGCCGUGACACGAGACCAGGUGGAAAGACAAGAGGAGUGUCUCAGAGAUCUCAGGCAGUUAUUCUUGCAGAGGAAAGAAAGAUAUGAGCGCAUGUCGUCUCUGGAUGAUAUGAGACAGACUCUGGAGGACCUGAAAAAGAAGAUGGCGUGGUCUUUGGUGAGAGAGAAAGAGAGUCAAGUUGAACAGCUGAAGGAACAAAUCGAAAAAGAAGAUGCUGAUUGUAAACAUGAAGAAAAGCUGCAGCUCUGUCAGAACAAAGUUGCUCUUGCUGAGAAGAAACUGCAGGACAGCCAGAAACAUCUGUGUACGCUUCGAGAGGAGCAGGAACAUCUCACAGAGGAGAGCCGGAAAAUGAAGGAGGAAAUUAAAGUCAAAACAAAAGCACAGAAAAGCCAGGAGGUGGUUUACUUCCGCGCUGAGAAUAAAUUGAAACAGUUAAAAAAGGAGCAAUGCCUUCUUCAGGAGAGAAUUCACAAAAUAAGUCAUGGCAGCAGCAGAAACCGCCAAGAGGCCGAGCACAUGCAGCAUCUUAAAAAAAUAUCUGCCUUGAAAAACCAGCUGGAAAAGCUUGAGACAGAGUCCAGAGCUCUGAAUCAAGAGAUUAAGGACAGACAACAAGCUCUACAUAAAGGAAGAGAGGAAUACGAUAAACUCAGCAUGGAGGAAAAGAACAUAAAAGCCUCUCUGGAGUCCAAAUCGAAGAGAAAAAAGCAGCUGAUGGCCAGCAGAUCUAACAGACUGAGGCGGUUUGGUGAUCACAUGCCAGAAUUGAUGGAGUCCAUCAACAAAGCCUUCGCUCAGGGGCGAUUCAAGAAGAAACCUGUGGGACCAAUAG